AUGCGUCUGGAUUCGGACGAUGACACCGAAGAUGCAUCUGUAUUCAGUGACGAUGAUGACCUGGGGCCAUCUGAAGCUGCUAUUGAGAGUAAUGGUAUUGCUCCAGACUUUCAUUUUGACCCGAAACUCCUCAAUGCAAUUGGUGGGGUGACCGAGAUUUUACGGGGCAAUGUAGACAAGACUUUACUGAGCGAUAUGAAGUUCAAGGGCUGGACUGAUCCGAGCAACGUGACUCUUUAUCCUUACAUGGAUGAGCCUCAUGAGGCUCGGCCUGAUAGCUGGAUGUCAGAAGACUAUCCUGGAAUCUACGAUGGUGACUACGGACCUACUCCUGGUGCGCUCAACGCUGCUAAAACACCGGCUGGUGCAUUUUUCCGACUUGCACCCCCAGACAUCAUGCAAAGCAGCAAGCUCGAAUUCGGAAACACAGAGACUUCCAAGAUCAACCACCCAAGCAAAUAA